AUGGACCCUUACUUCCUUAUCCACAGCUGCUGUCCAUUCUCAGGUUCCUAUGAGAGGCCGUGGAUUGAGCAUGAGAUCUGGAUCUUCCUGCAGGAGUGGGAAGUGGUUGAGUAUGAAAUGGGGCAUGAAGGCAAGAUCCAAAAGAAGGUCAAGGCCCUUUGUGGGCGCCUGUAUAAGCGGGGUCUGAGGAAGACCUGGAAUAGCUGCUUUCAACUGAUGAUAUCCAUGAGAGACCUACACAGAACUCUUUGUAAUGAGCAUCCAGGGACUGAACCCUUGUUUUCUCCUUAUGCAUGGGCCCUAUACAAGAUCUUGGGACACAGACCCCAGGAAAACCAAGUCUCAGGUUCUUUUGAGAGCCAGUGGAUUGAGCAUGAAAUCUGGAUCUUCCUACAAGAGUGGGAAGUGGUUGAAUAUGAAAUGGGGCACCAAGCCAAUAUCAAAAAGAAGGCCAAGUCCCUUUCCAUGCGCCUCAAUACUUGGGGUGUGUGGAAGAGCUGGAAUAGCUGCCUUCAACUGAUAUUAUCCAUGAUGGACCUGCACAGAAUUCUUUGUACUGAGAGGCCAAGGUCUGAACCCUUGUUUUCUCCUUAUGCAUCGGAACUGUACAGGAUCUUGGGUUACAGAUCCCAGAGAGACCACAUCCCAGGUGCUCUGUAUGAUUGGUCUGGUAACCCCAUGGUGUCCAUGUACCCUCAACCUCCAAUGGUGAUGCCAUCUCCAGUUCAACAGCCAUGGGCUUCUGCCGCAUCUAUACCAUCUGGACAGCUCCAUGAGCCAUCACUGAUGAUGUACAGUCAGAAUUCACUAGAUUGCAGAUGGUAUGCCUGGAAGGACACCUAUCCAUUGUCAGUUCCGCCUGUUUUUCCUGCCUCUGUUCCUGGAGACACCAACCUUCAGCUGCCGUGUUCUACUUGUGAUGGCAGCCCAAGACCUUAG